AUCAAUGGGCGCGCGCUGCCCGGUGUGCGCAAGCGGUUGCACGUGAACCGUCGUGAUGGCCAGAAGCUCAGAUGUGGUGAAGAAAAUCAUGCGGUUCAAGCUUCAGCUGUCAGACAAAGCAAAACCUACAACGGUUAUAAAGAUUUUGCAGAAGCUAAAGAAUCUGAAUAUCACACUAGAUAUUCUUUCUGAAACUGGAAUUGGCAAAACGGUUAACUCCCUGAGGAGACACAAACAAGCGGGAGAAUUUGCCAAGUUGCUAGUUAAAGGCUGGAAGAAAUUGGUUCCAAAGGAAUCCACAAGCCAUGGUGAUAAUGCAGAAUGGUUGGAUAGUGUUUCUGGUAAAAACAAAGAGGAUGAUCAAAGCUGUUCUGAUAAUGGGAGUCCGCAGAAUGACGACGACAAUAACUGCCCUACAUCUAAUCAUGAGGUUCAAGAUACUUCCGAUGAACAGGCCCACAAAAUUCUGAGUAAGAAAGAAGAUUUUGAAGAGCAGAAAAGAAAACUCUGUGUGGACAAGAACGAUAAAAAGCGUCAAGAAGAAAGCAAGACACAACUUCGGAAGGACAUUUCAAAAAACAGAGUUGAAAUACAAGAGGACAAGAUGGACGACAAUGUUGUCUCCAAGAUGAGGAAACAAAACAGUGAUAACACGCAUGGAAACAAAUCCUUUGAGGGUUCUUAUAAAAAUUCUAAAUCUGAGUCUAGGGAAAAGUUGAAUGGAACCUCUGAGAGAGAACGAGAAUCAAGCACAAAAUCAAAGCCAUCAAAAGAAUCGAAAAACAGAGAGACCUUUUCAUCCAGUGUUAAGCACUCAAAAACAUUAAAAUGGGCCAAAGAGGACAGACCUUUGGAGAUGUCGAGGAGCUCAGAAACUCGAAACAGAAAAAGGAAAAAAACAGACUAUGAAAAGCAUAACAAUCUAAAAGCCCAUCCAGAUCCUGAAAGUGAGAAAUAUUCAAAACACAAAAAGGCCAAAAUGGGGCACCAAGAUGCAAAGAGUAGUGGUGAUGAGGAGGAACCCUCCAUGUCUUUUGAAUCUUACUUGAAUUAUGACGUGAAUGUGGAGAAGAAGAAAGAACAUUCAGGAGUGAAGAAAGCUCCGAAAACGGUCAAGGCUGCAUCAAAAGGGCCAAUAUCAAAGCAUUCAGGGACCAAGCCUCAGAAGUCAUCUGCUUCUUUUCCAGAACAGAAGACACAGGAAUCUUUCAUGCAUUUGAUGGAUGUCCCAUUACCCGUCGCUCUCCCAGAACUGGAAAAGCCUUCAAACAUUGACUACUACUUUGAAAAGAAAGUUGAUAAGGAGCCGGACUUUUGCGAUGUUUCGGAGGAGUCUGUAGUCUUCACUGGUCAGCGACUGAAUAAGAAGAUGCAAGUGUACUCUGGUGCAAAAACCCUUUUCCUCCCGACUAUGAUGAGCUUGUUUCAACAGUGUAUACGCACACUCCAGAACAACCUCCACUUGCUCUAUGAGACCGGUGGAGUCCCAUUUGAACUUCUUGAGCCAGUACUGGAGAGGUGUACACCAGAGCAGCUGCUGCGAAUAGAGGAAUACAACCCAAUAUACAUCGGAGUGACGGACCAUUUAUGGGGAAAACACUGCCAGAGGGAUUUCAAAGACUGCAAACUUCUGGAAUAUGAGUCAUGGAAAGAGAUGCAUAUCAGACUGUCUGAGGAGAGGGAGAGGAAGCUCAAAAGACUGACAAAAACGAUCGUCUCGGCACAAUCUCAGAAGCCGAAGGGACGGCAGGUGAAGAUGGCAUUUAUUCACACCGUUGCUAAGCCGCCAAGAGAUGUGCGAAUUCAGCAGGAAAUUCAUGGAACUGCUGUGCAGCAGCCUCAUCAGCUCAAGUGCAGUAGUAAACAUCAGGAGAACCCAAUGAGAUCCAGUUGCAAUGAGCCCUGCAAGUCUAGCAGCACCAGCAGCUCUGGCGGAAGCAACAACCAAGAUCCUCGCAAAAAAAUAAAAGUUGCUCCAAUGAUGGCAAAGUCCUUAAAGGCAUUUAAGAAACAGUUGGGACGGAGAUGAACUCUAAUAUGUUUCUAUUUACAGGUUGCAUAUGAAGAAUUAUGUACAUUAUCAUUAACUUCAAAUUAUAUUGUGUCUUUAAUGUGAAAUACUGAAAUUAAGUAUUACCAUCCUUUUCUGUUUGAUCUCAAUGAAAUAAAACUGAGAAUGAACUCUGCAAAUCGAA